GAUAACCCGAUCGAGUUAUUUUCCUUUGCACCAGACUUUUGUGCUUCGCAUGUAGCUUGUUGUUUUGAGAGAAGAAAUAAAAGCUAGCCCGAGUGGGUGUUGCUAGCUUCAUCGAAACUGAUAACUUAAACGGGUUACGCCAAUGCCUUUGUCAGGUUCACAUUGGGCCCCACCUUUAGCUGACUUCAUGCUACCACAAGGGCAUCAACCAAAAAGGCUUAAUGAAGUUAAUCCAGUAAAGAGGAAGAUGACUUGGGACACACAGCUGCAGGCUUGCAAUGGAGAACAAAUGCUCACUGAAAGCAUGGAGCACAUAGCAAAGCGCCAGUGCAAAGAUAAUCACUUUGCCAAGAACAUUUUUCCUUCAUCUGCUUAUCAACCUCAUGAACAGAUGGAAGUACCUUCAUUAUAUGGCUGCUUGAAGUACACAACUGCUCCCCUAGAACAAAGUGAUUCUCAGUCAGAAAUCAGCAGCAAAUCACAAUUGUUGCCCUUUGAGAAUAACUUACUGAUGGACCUGAGUGAUGAGACUUACAGCAGUAGCAAACAUGAUGAAGAGCUGGAUUCAGUUCACAGUGCUAUGGAGUCAGACUCUCUGCCUGAAUCUCAACAGCAUCGGAACAUUGGCUACUGCAGUACACCUUGCCCAGGUGGAGAAAGGAGCCCAAAUUCGAAUCGUGUGCGAUGUUAUUGCAGACCUGUGUUGGAUCCUAUAUUCGAUGCAUUGCCAUACUGCUCUGACUAUUACUGACAAUUUUAAUUCAAAUCUGCCUUACCAGGCAUGCAUCUUUCAUGUUCCUUUUUUUGUUAUUGAAUGAUGUUUCAGCCCUAUGCAGUUAGAGAUGAUAGGUUGCUGAAGUGUGUGUUUCACAUCAGCGUGUAAUUAAUCUUGUGUACAGAUUUUUCAUGGAGUAUUUUUUUUUUUAAUGUUACGACCAUUUUAUUCCUCUUUUCUUUCUUACCACACACUUUACUCUUCGUCUCACUAAGUAUAGUGUUUUGUUUUUUAACAUUGAAGUCUUAGUAAUUACCUUCAGAAUUGCUUUGAGAAUUUGGAUGAAAGAUAUCUGACGUAUGUGUGAUACCGCGACCAAAAUUUUGUUUUAUUUUUGUCUCAUACCACUCCCCAUACCUUUACAUUUAAAGUAUCAGAAUAUCAUCUUGAUUAGACAUUCCAUAGCAUAUUUGGAUCAUUUUAGUUACCUUGUAUUUUAAUGCUCAGUUUUUAUUUCGGCAUAGUUUAUUGUGGUUUCUAUUGGGAAGCAUCCUUUUUUAAUCAAACACUCAUUUAUUUUCUGAAACAUUGGACAUUGAUGUUAAAAGGUUAAAAGGCAGUGUUGGCAUGCAGAUCUUUUAAUUAUUUUGUUAAGAAUUCAUUAUUUCUUUCCAUCAAUAAUGCCUUGCUACCCUAUUUUAAUAUUUUUUAGCAACUUUUGUACAGAAAGCAGGCAUAUUUAAAUGUUUUUUGAGAAGAAUGCAACCCCUUUACCUAAAAAUACUAUCAAUCUGCAUUUAAUCAUGCCUUAUACGUUUGCUUUUGCUGCUAGCUGUUACCCUCAUGUGUUACGAUAAGGAAAGCUGAGAAAAACUGCUGUCUCAUGUUACAUUUGGUCAGCAACAUUUGCUUUGAAACCUACCAAUAAUUCGUUUGAAUGAUAGGUGUUCAGCGAAAGAUGUUGGGGAUGACAUCUGCUGUUAGGUGCUUCAGUUCCCAUGGUAAUGCUAUCUCUAAGGCCUUCGUCUCAGCUGUGAUGUUUACUUAACUGUGAGAAUCAUUGCAAACUUGACCAAGCUUGGUCUUGGGUAUGGCCUUGGUAUUGACCACCAUACAAUGCCUAUAGUCCUUGUAAAAUAAUCUCUUGGGGCUGGAGGUCUUUCGUGAGCACACAGCAUAUUUUCUAUAGGUUCUUAGUUCUCAUUUUACUCCUAAGGGUAUAAAUAAUAUAAGCUGCCUAUAAUAACCUUAUUUUUAGAGGUGCCAUGUAAAUGCUGAUAUAUUAAUAUAUUAUGGAAAGACAUUUACCUAGUUGGAUGCUCAAGCAUAUCAACAAGUUGAUGAAUCUCAUGUUUUCUUUAAUUUUCUUUGUUUUACAUUUGAUAAAGCCUGUUAACACAUCUUUCUAGAUGAACCAGAAUAUAUGAGAAACAGAAUAUUGCAAUGAUUAAAAAAAAGUUUUAUUCAUUUUUCACCAGUCUUCAAAACACUCAUGAAUUCUUCUCAAAUAUCAUUUGUGCUGAAAUUCUUGUCUUUUGUAACAUUUUAUGGCAAACAUCUAUGUGAUCACAUUGGUUAAAAAAAUAUGAUUCCAUUAAAAAUGAGGCUUAUUGUAAGCAUUUCUUGCACAAAGAGUACUGACUUAUUUAGUAGAAGAAUUUUUUCUGUGGUUUAAGGGAGGUAUUGUAGCUGGUUAGAUGGUUGCCCAAGCCUGUGCCUGGAUAGCUACCCCUGCUCACCCAAGAAAUGGUUACCAGGGGAGGUAAAAGAUGGUGAAUGCAGAGACAUUGAAUCACCUUAUCCCAGGGAUGCACAACCUACGGCCCGUGGGCCAUAUCCGGCCCGCGAAACUUCUGCCCACAGUGCAGGAAAUCGGCAUGUUGGUAAUAAAAGAAGACCUUAAAAAAAGGAAGAAGAAGUAUUUAUC